UUUUCCUUUCCGCUGCCAACCGUCAACUCAUUUUUAAUCCCUCUCAUUUUAUUAACCAUUUCCUUCCCAUAAAUUCAGCAAUAAAAAAAAAACUAACCAGUCUCCCCAAAUUCAAAAAACCCCCAAAUUCCCUCAAAAAAAAACCCUAAUUCUCCAAAUCAAACCCUAAAUGACCGUUUUCACACAUUAUUCUUCGCCGUGAAUCUGAUUCCGAUGUCGAAUUCCCGUCGAGUCAUACCUAAAGGUAUCAGCCUCGCUAACACUGUUCAUUCCGAAGUAGCUCCAUGCUUGCCGUUACCGUCACUGCCGGUUUUCUGCGGCGCUCUCGAUCAGGAUUUACGAUUAGUCGACAACGAACCGGUUGCCGGUGGCGGUUUGGCUAGGCGGUUAAACAGUGAUGAGGUUGCUGAUCAGGCUACUAAAAUAGCUAAACUGCUUCAGGCUACUGAUGUAUCUUAUCUGAAUCUUCGAACGGAGGUGACCCAAUCACCAUAUAGUCAUAGUCAUGAAGAUCAUCUAGACCUCUACAAUGAGGUUCUUAGAUGCAAUUAUGAAGCAUUUGAGCACAUUAGUCCAGGUUCAGCCAAGGAGCAAAUGUACAAGAAUAAUGUACCUAAUAACAAGGUUGCUGAGAGGAAGCUAUUUGUUCAAAAUGUUUCUAUCAAUAAUGAAGUUCAGAAAGAUAAAGAAGAAACUCAGCGUCCAUAUGAGCAUGAAGUUGUUACACCUGCUUCUAAAAAAUCAAAAUCCAAGAAGAAGGCGAGUGAUGACACGUUAUUAACUGAACCUGAUGGCACUGAGCGUCAAGAUGCUGCUGUAGAAAGAUUUUGUGAAGUACUGGAGGAUUUAUGUGGGAGAGCAGAAAUUUCAGCGGACGAUCGCGAAGAAGGUGAAUCAGAAUGGUUACUUUUGCCUGUUGGCUACAUUGGAAAUCUUGUUAAAGAAGUUAUGUCAAUCCGAGCGAACAAAUGUCUGCAUUUGGCUCCUGUUUCUCUUCUUGAGAGAACAUUAAAAGUUCUAGAUCGUCAGAUUCAUAGUGCGGAAGGUCUAUCUAUUAAUCAAUCUGAAAACUCUAACUCGGAUGUAGUAUCUGCAAUUACGGUGGCACUCGAGUCCAUCCAUGCAGCUAUAGGGAUUAUGGCUUAUAAUGGCAUGCCAAAGCAAAUCUACAAGGAAGAGAUCAUUGAAAGAGUUGUGGAGUUUACUAGGCGGCAAAUAGCUGAUGUCAUGUCAGCUUCUGAUCCAUCUUAUCGUUCCACCAUCAAACCAACAGACAAUGUUGGUUGGCAAGAUGAUGAAGAAGAUGAUGAUUAUGACGAGGAAUUUGGAAGUGCUAGUAAGAGAAGGCGUACUGCUAGGAGUGUAAAAGCGAAAAAGUCAGGAGCAAACAAGGCAUCUGCUGCAGCACAUAGUAUACUUCAGAAACUGUGCACCAUAAUUGGUUUUCUUAAGGAUCUGCUGAUGAUAGAACGCCUGUCAGAUAGUUGCAUUUUGCAGCUAGUCAAGACAUGCUUUUCAACUUUAUUGGUGGAUAAUAUUCAACUUUUACAGCUGAAGGCAAUCACUUUAAUAGGAGGGAUAUUUUAUUCCUAUUCUCAGCAUCGAGUUUAUGUGAUGGAUGAAUUACUUCAUUUGCUUAUGAAAUUACCAUUUUCAAAGCGAGUAUCUAGAACUUAUCACCUUGCUGAUGAAGAACAAAGACAAAUUCAAAUGAUAACUGCUUUGUUGAUUCAGUUGAUCCAUUGCAGUGGGAACCUUCCCGCUUCUUUAAGGGAAGCAUCUGAUAGCAACCCACUAUUCAAUAUUGGAAUUGACUCUAGCUAUCCUCAUAAAUCACAAGAGGCAGUAACCGAGGCAUGUUGUCUUUUUUGGAGCCGAGUGCUCCAACGAUUUGCAAAUACAAAGAUUCAAAAUCAGGAUGCGUCUGAGUUUAAGAUUAUGUUGGAAAAUCUAGUUAUGGAUCUACUGGCAACGUUGAAUUUGCCUGAGUAUCCUGCCUCGACUCAUAUUCUGGAGGUUCUUUGUGUUUUAUUGCUGCAGAAUGCUGGGCUGAAAUCAAAAGAUAUAGCUGCUCGGUCCAUUGCCAUUGACAUCCUUGGUACGGUUGCUGCAAGAUUAAAGCGUGAAGCUGUCAUCUGUAAAAAGGACAAGUUUUGGAUUGUACAGGAGCUACUAGGUGGGGAUGAUAUUGAUAAUUGUCAUCCGGAUGACGCAUGUUCUAUUUGCUUGGAUUCAAAGAUAGAAAAGUCAUUGGUUCUGUGUGAAGGUUGUGAAAGAUAUUUUCACAUAGAUUGUUUGGGAAUUAGAGAACAUGAUGUUUCCAGUAGCAGCUGGCUGUGUCAGCUCUGCCUCUGUAGAAAACAACUUCUCUUUUUACAAUCUUACUGCAAGUCCCAGGGUGUGGGUGAAGGUAAUCACAGUCGUAAAAAGCCAAAAUCUUCUGACUCUGAUAUUACAAAAUUAGAGAUUGUUCAACAGAUGCUAUUGAAUUACCUCCAGGAUUCUGGGUCUACUGAGGAUGUGCAUAUAUUUACAAGAUGGUUCUAUAUGUGUCUGUGGUACAAAGAUGAUCCCACUAGUCAAGAUAGGUUUCUCUACUACCUUGCUAGGUUAAAAUCGAAAGCAAUAGUACGUGGUUCUGGGAUGGUAUCAUCAUUAUUGACAAGGAGUUCUAUCAAGAAGAUAACAUUGGCACUGGGACAGAAUAGUUCAUUUACUAGGGGAUUUGACAAAAUUCUUCACUUGCUUCUGGCAAGUUUAAGGGAGGGUUCUCCUGUGAUUCGUGCCAAAGCAUUGCGUGCGGUUAGUAUUAUUGUAGAGGCUGAUCCAGAAGUUUUGGGUGAUAAAUAUGUUCAGACAGCUGUUGAGGGAAGGUUUUGCGACUCUGCUAUAUCUGUACGAGAAGCAGCACUGGAACUUGUUGGUCGAUAUAUUGCAUCACAUCCUAAUGUUGCUCUGAAGUACUAUGGGAAGGUAGCGGAGAGAGUGAAAGAUACUGGAGUGAGUGUUCGAAAACGUGCCAUCAAGAUCAUUAAGGAUAUGUGUGCUUCGAAUGCCAGUUUCCCGGAGUUCAAUAGUGCUUGUAUUGAGCUUCUUUCGCGCAUUAGUGAUGAAGAGUCCAGCAUUCAGGACCUUGUGUGCAAGACAUUCUAUGAGUUCUGGUUUGAGGAAUCUACAGGUUCACAUAACCAAAUAUUUGAGGAAGGUAGUUCUGUAACACUGGAAAUAGCCAAGAAGACUGAACAAAUGGUUGAAAUGCUACGGAACAUGCCUAGUAAUCAAUUUCUUGUCAUUGUCAUUAAGCGAAAUUUAGCCCUUGAUUUUUUGCCACAAUCAGCUAAGGCUGCUGGAAUCAGUCCCGUGAUGCUUGCAUCAGUACGCAAGCGAUGUGAACUUAUGUGCAAGUGUUUGCUGGAGAAGAUAUUACGGGUAGAGGAUAAUGUUAAUGAAGCAGAUUUGGGUGCGCUGCCUUAUGUUUUGCUGUUGCAUGCUUUUUGUUUAGUGGAUCCUGCACUCUGUGCACCAGCCUCUAAUCCUUCUCAGUUUGUGGUCACUCUGCAGCCCUAUUUAAAAAGACAGGCUGACAAUCGAGCAGUUGCUCAGCUAGUAGAAAGUAUAGUCUUUGUGAUCGACUCAGUUCUGCCGUUGGUACGAAAACUUCCCCAAAGCGUAGUUGAUGAUCUUGAACAAGAUUUGAAGCAGAUGAUUGUCCGGCAUUCAUUUUUGACAGUUGUGCAUGCUUGCAUCAAGUGCCUUUGCUCUAUGAACAAAGUUACAGGAAAUGGUGCAUCGGUUGUUGGAUAUCUUAUACAAGUGUUCUUUAAGCGAUUGAAUUCUCUGGGGUUCGGUAACACACAGCAAGUAUCCCGGUCCCUUUUCUGUCUUGGAUUGCUUAUUCGCUACGGAAGCUCCUUGUUAGGUAUGUCACUGUCCAGCAAACAGGAUCAGGCUGUUCCUGGCAGCCUCAGCCUGUUUAAAAAGUACUUUCAUGCAGAGGAUUUUGCUUUAAAGAUCAGAUCAUUGCAGGCAUUAGGUUACGUUUUAAUUGCCAGGCCGGAAUUUAUGCUAGAGAAGGACAUGGAAAGCAUUGUAGAGGCAACACUUUCAUCUAGUUCUGAUGCUCGCCUGAAGAUGCAGUCACUACAGAACUUGUAUGAGUACCUUCUAGAUUCAGAACGUCAGAUGGAGGAUGACAAAGCUGAAGCAGAUUCUAUCAUUCAUAAUGCAGAUGCGGGAAGUGUGCCAGUUGCUGCAGGUGCAGGUGAUACUAACAUAUGUGGCGGAAUCAUUCAGUUAUAUUGGAAUAGCAUUUUAGGCAGAUGUUUGGAUGCAGACGAGGACGUGCGCCAGUCUGCCCUUAAGAUUGUGGAAAUUGUGCUGCGCCAAGGUCUAGUUCAUCCCAUCACUUGUGUUCCCUACCUUGUAGCACUUGAAACAGAUCCGCAGGAGGCGAACUCAAAGCUGGCUCAUCAUCUGCUGAUGAAUAUGAAUGAAAAAUAUCCUGCAUUUUUUGAAAGUCGUCUUGGUGAUGGACUUCAAAUGUCUUUUAUCUUCAUGCAAUCGAUGAGUCAAAGCCCUUCUGAUAACUCAAACCCAAAAAUCCAAUCCAAGAUGCCUAAUAAUGCAAAAGGGAGAUCGGAUGGUAGCUCCUUCUCUUAUUCAAGACUGGGAGUUUCUCGAAUAUACAAGGUUAUUCGUGGAAAUCGUGCAUCAAGAAAUAAAUUUAUGACCUCAAUUGUUCGCAAAUUCGACACUCCAGGCUGGCAUAACUCAGUGGUUCUUUUUCUAAUAUACUGCGCAGAGAUCCUCUCUUUACUCCCUUUUGCAUUGCCCGAGGAACCUUUGUAUCUGAUUUAUGCUAUAAAUAGAGUUAUACAAGUUAGAGCUGGGGCAAUAGAGUCCAAUUUGAAAACAUUCUUGCAUAAGUUGCAAGGCUAUAGCCAGAAUGAACCUGCAAACGGCAUAGUAGAUGACCAGUCAUUUGCUCAUCCUGUUUCUAGUGAGAAUGCAUUUGUCAAUAAUAAUUCACCAAGACAAGAGUUUCCUAGUGAAAUUUCUUUUACUGAUGCUGUGCCCAAGGAGUUUAAUGUACAUUCUAUGAACCCAGACAAUCCUAAUAUCAUCUCAGCAGAUGAUCUGCCAAACAUCCAGGCUGACUGUCUUGCAGCUAUUGCACUGCAACUACUUCUGAAGCUCAAGAGGCACCUAAAAAUAGUAUAUAGUUUAGAUGAUGCUCGAUGCCAGGCUUUUUCUCCAAAUGAACCGCCCAAACCGGGGGAGUUCCUUUCACGCCAGAAUAUUCCAUUCAACGUUGGUGAGACAAAUAUUACUCUACCGACCAGCUAUCAGGACAUUUUACAAAGAUAUCAGGAAUUCAAGAACUCCUUGAAAGAAGACACGGUAGACUACUCGGUUUAUACAGCAAAUAUCAAAAGGAAGCGGCCUCCUGGAAGGAGGAGUAACAAGGCAGGGCCAGUCCCAGGUCGUAUGAACGGAGGGAACUAUGGAGAUGACGACGAUGAUGAUGAUGAUGAUGAGAAUUGGGGAAGUGGGACCCGUAUAGCAGGCGGUGGCAGAAGAGGCAGUAUUAGUACCAGAAGUAGACAAAGGUUAUAGUUGUAAAUACAUUAAUACAGGUACAAGAAGCUAACAUGUACAGCUGGUAGAAGAAAUGAACCAUUAGAAGAAACAAGCCUUGAUGCAACAAUAUGCAGAAUUGACAAUCGUGCACUCCCAUUUUGUCUCCAAACGAUCCUCCCUAAAAUAGUCAAAUUGCAUUUAUUUUUGAAAAUUUAUUUUUCUUCCCCGAUAACCAGUCUGGUUUUAUUGUUCUUCGGGUGGGUUGUAAGGGAAGUGCACCCUUCGGAUUACAAUCUGAAGGGUAGUGGCAUAUGUAUAUUAUUAUAGAUCGGUAGAGUUAGGAUCGCAAACCAUUCCUUGUCUGUACAUUAAUACUUUUAACGCAUCAAAUUUCUUGUGUUGCUUUGUUCA